CUGUUUCUGGUUUCAGUUGGCGAUGAGAAGGAAAAAGGCUCCAUCAUCGUCUUGCUCGUCGGUGCUCCGGGAAGUGGGAAGUUCACUUUCAUCGAGCAUGUAAUGCAAUCGUCUUCCCGGUCCUGGGCUCAUAUUUUCCAACUUGAUGGUUCCACAAAAGAAGUUCAUGAGGUUGUGCUUGAUUUCCUGCUCAGGCGGCUUAAACCUGGAGGUGUAGGUGGAGAUGUGAAUGCUGCAAUCUUCAAUGAUGUUGGUCCAGCUCUUGAGGUUUCCCCAAGGGAUUGUGCAAAAUCUCUUCUCCCUGGACAUGUCGUAGCUGUUCCUCUCACUUAA